UUAACACCGCGUGGUGUCUAUAUGUGACUACACCGCGCGGAAUUGACACCAGUUUAUUUGCAGUGUAAUUGUGCUACAGAUAAAAAUGGGGUCUUCAAACAAAUUUCGAUUCAUCUGGUUGCUGGGAGUAGCUUUCAUGGCUGCAUUAUUUUUCGGGAAAAGCGCCGCAAUUAAUCUAUCGUCUCGUGUGGAGUCCUUUAUUGGACCACGCGGAAUUGUUAACCUUACGCCACGCAACUCUCAGAAUACGAAUGAGACUGCACUAUUUGGACAGAUUGAAGUAACAAGCUGUAGUCAGCAACCAUGCCUGAUGUACCCGUUAAUUAUGUAUGACAUUUCAACAACCUUCAUACCAGUUGAUUCCAAAACUGCAAUGGGAUACCACCUAAAUUUUCGUUAUGGCGUUGAGAAGUACGACUUUCGGACCACUUUUUUCACGGACAACUACCUUGCUGGCAAGCAAUACAGAAUUUCGCAGAUAGUUGAGAUUCCUGCUAGCCUGAGAGGGAAGUCUGGCUACUUCCAAGUGAUUCUAUACGAUUCGGAGGGAAUAAUUCACAUUAAUCGUUGUUUCGAGGCUAUCGUGAGCAACUGAAGGUUUCACUUCCCGAUUUUGGUUUAAAAUAAAUUGCGUACUUAGUAGAUAAUUUCUAUUAAUUUAAGAUUACUGCAUGAACUAAUUAGUUUUUAAAAUUUGAACCAUUGUACGAAUUCAGCCCUAAGCAUAAAGUUGAACACCAAAAUCUCCCUCAUUACCGUAUGAAUCCCCUAAUUUUGACAAGUGUCGAACUGUUAAGGUAAUUUAUACUUAUAAAAUUUUCCCAAUCUGACCUUAAAUUGUGUUCUUAUAAUAUUUUAAAAUUAUUAAAGAAGUAAAUCAUUCGUAGAACUUGUAGGUAAAAAUAUUGAGAUUUGGUCUGAUUUCGCAACGAAUUAGGAAUUUUAACGAACACAUUACCAUCUCGAAUUUUAAAAAAUUGGCCAUUUAUGUACAUCACAAUUUUUUGUGUUUGGCAAAUUGAAUAAUAUUUGGAUUGCAUCAUAUUUUGUUACCGGAAUAUUAAUAUCAUUACAUAUUCCUUUCAGUUCCAGCUUAAAGAAUAUUAUCCGAGUAACACCUCGUAUAAUAAUUUGCAUCAAUAUAUCGAUAAUAUGCCACGAGUUGACCCCAAUUUAAGCUCUAAACUCGGUAAAAUGAAUUAAAUAUGUGGACUCGCUAUUGUGCAAGAUUAACGUAGUUGGAGUAAUUUGCCUCCUUAUUUUGUACUUUGAAGUAAUUGUUCAGAUUCCUAAUAUUUAGGAAUAUGAAUGCAAUUGGAGUUGUAAUGUGUAGUUUGCAUUUUGUGUUCAGUUUGCAUUUAAGAUGCAGAUUGAACGCAAUUUACAUUGGUUUUGCAGUAGAAGCAAACCGAAGCAUGCAAAUCAAUGUUUUGCAACACAGAACACUGGCAGUGAUGGCAAGCAGAGUGCUAACUCAUCUUAUGCAGACUGAGUUGUCCAGCUUUGUAGUUUGCUAAACAGGUAGAAAUGGUAGUAUGUAAUGUAUGCAUGCAUUUGUUCCAAUGAUGAACAAACUAUUGUGUUUAUGUAUAUAAUGCGGAAAUAGACUUAUUUUAGCUGGAAUUAACUGUGAGAUUUAGCAUACACGGGUGCUUUUCCGUCCGCUCUGCAGUAUAAAGCUAGCCACGGACCAAAGCCCGCGUAACGCCCAUUUAAUCUUUUUGUAACAGAGGGUUGUUCUGCACAAGAGUGAAUCGCAAAUCUCAGAUUGCCCCAAAUGGG